AUGCAAACAAAUAUAUAUGAUAAAAAUCAAGAAAACCUUUCCAAAAAUGUUAAAGAAAAUUUAAAUGAUCCUUAUUAUCAUAAAAUUAAAAUUAAGCUUAAUAAAAUUUUCAAUAAUAAUAACAAUGAUAAUAUUAAAAAAAUAAUAAAACUUAUUAAACCACCACAACAACUUUUAACCAAUCCUUGCACUCGAACAGAGUUUUUACAUUCACCCAAUAAAAACCAUAAAUUAUUUAAUCCAAUAAAAAUAAAUUUAGAAAUAAUUGAAAAAUUAAUAGAUGAUAUUAGAAAUAGUGAAAAUAAUAAUAAUAAAAAUAAAGAUUCAAUAAUUAAGGAUUUAUUAGAUCUUUUUUUUCAAUACCAAACAUCACAUGAAUCAUUUAUAGAAAAUGUAACAAACAUUGCUAAUGAAUCUUUAAAAUCAACUGGAAAUCCUGCAUCACAUAAUAUUUUAAAAUCUCCACCAUUAUUUAUCAGUGAAGAUUUGGAAUAUUAUCAAGUUAAAUCAUUAGACCAAGCCUAUAAUAUUACAUCUUAUGACCCAGUUGAGUAUGAAUAUAAAAAGAAAAAUAAAUCAGGAACUAGUUAUGUAAGUUUGUUUGAUCAAGUUUGUUACAAAAUCGAUAAUGGAUCUCAUCUAUUAAAACCAGCAAAAGAAUAUGCAAUAUAUCACUUCAAUAAAUCAUUAUUCCCAACAUUACUUCUAGUUUCUCCAACUCAGUUAUUUGUUUUAGAUAAUUUAGAAACUUUUUCAAUUGACUCAUUACCACCAGAUAUUAGGAAACAAUUAGGAGAAGAAAAAACAAAUUGUGAUGAACAUUCGAUUUCAAAACUUUUAGAAAAAGCUCCACACACUUAUAAAAUUAUAGAAAAUGGUUUGAAAAACGAAACAGUUUUUAUUCAAGCAUCAUUAUUUAUUAAAGGAGAAACACUUGAGAAUUAUUUAAAACGAACAGAUACAAACUAUAAUCAAAUUAAUUUGAAAAGUUACAGUUCACAUAUUAUAUCAAGUUUAUUAUCUAUUCAAACAGAUUACCACCCAAAUAAUCUUAUAUUAGAAGAAAAUACAAAUAAUAUUAUUGGUAUUGAUAACGACGAGUCAUUGGAAUCAAAUGAAAUCGAAAUAUUACCAAAUAACAACAAAGAUGCUUAUACUAAGGUCGGUAAUAUAUUGUUUACACUCAAAGAAUUAAUGGAACAGCAAAUCGAUGAAGAAGUAAAAAAUCAAUUUAUUCAACACACACCAUCACUCUUUAUUUUAAAAUGGUUAAAAUUAAAUCAAAAGAAACAAUCAAACUAUGAUGACAUAAUUUAUAAAUUGUUAGAUCCUUUUGAAACUCAUGACCAACAUCAUAACAAUUUUAGAAAUGAAUUAAAUUUACCUUUAGAGUUUAAUAAAGGUUGGAUAGUUUCAAUGUUUCAAAGAUUUAAAGCAAUUAGACAACAUUUAAUUUCAAAUCCAAACACUACACACCAGGCACUAUUUAGUUUAAUACAUCCACUUUUAAGUAAUUACUACACACUAUUAUCAAAUAAAUACUCAAAUCCAUUGGAUAUAAUUGGUUCAAUAAAAAAUGAAAAUGAAAACACAAAAAUGCCAUUUAAUAAAUUAUUAGAAUUAAAUAAAUACUCAUCACAUAUAUCUCAAGAAAAUAUUCAAGAAUUAAUUCAAAAAAUAACAACUAUUAAUCAAGAGAAAAUAUCCAUUACAGAUGCAAUUAAAGAACUUGUAUCUCAAACCGAUUAUAAUGACUUAAUAGAAUGUAAAUCUUUACAUGGUGUAAAUGAAUGUGGUCCAUUUUGUAACACUGAUUGUAAAACACGAAAUAUUAUUGUCGAAUGGUUAGAAAUCGUAUAUUCAACAUAUAAUGGAAAAGAUGAUAAAGUUCCAUUCCACGAAUCUUGGUAUCAAAAUAAAGAUCAUUUAUUUAAAAGAUUAUUAAAAUAUGGAACAUCUAUCAAUUGUAUCGAACUAGUUGUGAAAUCAUUGGAUAUCAAAAUUAAUAACGAAAAUUAUUUUUCAACUAUAGUUGAUAGCGGAAUACUAAAGAAUUCAAACAGCUGGUGCUUGGUUCAAUUUUUAAUCAAUUAUUUUAGUCUAGAUAUUGAAAGAAUUGAAAAUGGAUAUACAUUAUUAGAUUUAUCAUCAUCAAAUUGCAAUUUUGAUGUAUUCAUAAAUUUAAUAAGAAAGGGUGCUGGAAAAAAUUCAAAUGGAAUAUAUAUUGGUUUAUUUUAUCAAACAUUCACACAUCAACAAAAAUUAGAGUUAAAACCUUUCUUAACAAAUUUAUUUUUAAUUAAUCCGAAAAUUACAUGGAUUAUUUCAUUAAAUCAACUAUUCCCUUUAGAAAAUACAAUUACAAACAAUAAUAACAAAUCAAUAAAAUAUUUAGAAACAGAUGGAACAUUAAGAAGAGUAAUAUCAGAAGAGUAUUGGAAACAACUAUUUGAUCAAGAUGGCGAGCCAAAGAAAACAAAUGAAAAAGGUGAAAGAGCAGUCACACUAAUUGAAGAUGAAUAUGGUAAUGGUAUCUAUUUAAAAUUCAAACCACAAUUCCCAGGUAUUGAAUAUGCAGUACAAAUACUAUCAGAACAACUAUUUGGUGAAAAUUUAACAACUUUUUGUGAAUUAGGAUUAAUCAAUUCAAUUCCAGUAUUAUUAUCACAAAAAGUACCAGGUGAAGAUUUAGUAGAUAUACUAAAUCAAUAUCCAAAUACAAUUAAUCAAAUUGAAUCUUCAAAUAUAUCAAAGCAAAUAAUAUUAUCAAUAAUUAUCAAUAAUGCCGAUGGUAAUUUGGGAAACUAUAUUAUUGUCCAAAAUAGCAACCUAAACAAUAAAACCACUUUCAAAAUGUUUUCAAUUGAUAAUGAUCAAUCAUUUAUGCCAUCAAAAGCUACUGGAUUAUUAAAACUCUCAAUUUUUUCCAAACCUUUACAGUCCGAAACUGUAUUAUUUUUAUUUGAUCAAAUGAAUCAUGUUGUGCAUCAAGAUAUUAUCAAUUGUUUCAAAGAUUUAGAUAUUUUUAAUUUUUUAGAAAAAUGGCUAGAAAAUUUAAUAACUUAUCAUAAUAAGAUGCUAAAACUAUUUUCAUCAAAAAAAGAAGAGUUAAAACAAAAUAAAGAAACUAUUAUUGGAGUAUCUUUUAACAAUGGAAUGAUUAUACAUUUAUAUUCAAAACUUAAACGUUUACAACAACUAUUAAGAGAUAACUCUAAAGAACCAACUACUCACCUAGAUUUAUUAAGAUAUAUAGAACCAUUGGUUGCAAAUAGAUACAAACACUGUUUAAGUUUAAAUAUAUCAAUUAAGGAAAGAUAUAACAAAUAUUUCAACUAUAUAAAUCCAACAAUCCAAAAACUAACUUGCACAACACACUCAUCAGCACAAAUAUUACAAUCAAAAGGUAUUCCAUAUUCAAAUGUUAUCAUUUCAAAACUAUGGGAGGAAGAAUAUAGUCCAGUUAAAACCUUAGGUGAACUAUACAAUCAAAACAAAAAAGUAAAGCAUUUAUCAAAUCUAAUUCUAAAACUAAAACAAAAAGAUUCAUAUAUUAUAUCAAAUUAUGAAAUUGAAUGUUUAUUAGAAGCAGAUUUCAGUACAAUUACAGAUCAACAAUAUACUACACUUUCUAAAUAUUUAAAAUUAAAAGAAAUAUCAGUUCUCAAUUUUAGAAAUAGUAAAAUACAAUUUAAUCCACCCAAACAAUUUAAUUUACACUCAAUUGUCGUACUCGAUUUAUCAGGAUGUACCAAUUUAUAUAAUUUAGGAACCCAAGGGUACUUUUCAACAUUAGAAUUUAACCUAUUAAACAAACUAAAACUUGAUAGGUGCCCAAAACUUUCAUCAGUUAAUGUUUCAGCUCCAAAUUUAGUUUUUCUGAGUGCUACCGAAUGUAAAAAGCUAGAUGAUAUUAAUAUUAAAACACCAUCUAUAAAAUAUUUAAAUUUAAAAGGUUCUAAAUCAACAAACUUAGAUAUUUUAGAUUUAUGCCAAUUCAAUUUAUUUCAUAAAGCAUCUAACAAUUUAGAGUACCUUAACUUAUCAGAAACUGAAUUGAUUAUACCAAUCGUAAUCAAAUCCACCAAAUUAAAAUGUUUAGAUAUCUCAUUCAUGAAGAAAUUAAAAACUGUAUUUUUAGAAGUACCAUCAAUAGAAUCUAUUAACUUCCAAGGAUGUGAAUCAUUAAAUGUAAUUUCAACAAUUUUUUAUGAAGACGAAAUUUUUAAUAUUAAGAACUAUUUAACUUCUUCAGAACAUUUUCAACAAGCACGAAGUACUUGUAUGUUUAAAGGGGAAAUAGAUGAAUACGUUUUUAUAAAAACACAUGGGUCUUUUGGUUUUUAUAAACCCUAUUUCAUUCCUUAUUAUAAUCUUAAAUAUCUUUUGGUAGAAAAACAUAUAUUUGAAUAUAGAUAUCCUGAUUAUCAAUAUAAUAUAUUUUGUCAUGGAGCAUUUGAUUUAAUUCAAUCAUUUAAUUAUUUUUUAUGCAGUAUCAUAUCAAUAGAAAUCUUAAUUAUAGGAAAUAUAGGAAUACCAUUGAAUCAAAAAUCAAUACCAAAUGAUUUACUCUUUAUAAGAUUCAAUAAUUACAAUCAUCCAUUAAACCCAUCGAUUAUUCCUAAAAACAUCAACAUUGUUCAAAUGUAUACCCAAACCCAUGAUUCAAAUUCACCAAAAGAUAAAACAACAAUUAAUUACAACAAAUUUAUAAAUACUUUUAAUAUUAAACAACUUCUUAUUUUUAAAUCAAAAUAUUGGUUUGAUUAUAGAGGAAAUAAAAAUAAAAAUAUUUUUUCAAGAAUACCAAAACUAAUAGGAAAACAUGGAAAAAUGGAAAUGGAUGUCCCAAAUUUAGAAAAUAUCCCAAAUGGGAUAGAUAUCCAAUUUUUAGAACCCAAUAUAGCUUUUAAAAAAAUGUUAAAUAUCCAAUCAAUAAAAGAAGAUGUAGAAAUUUUAGAAUACUGGGAUAAAAUUAAUACAACAAAUGAAACUAUUCCAAGCGAUAUAGAAUAUUUAUAUUUAGGUGAAAUUGAAGGAUCAUUACCAACCAUUCCAAAUUCAGUGACAUCUAUAGAGCUUUGUAAUGAAUUUAAUCUCAAACUAUCACCUGGAGUUAUUCCUGAUUCGGUAACUUCUAUCUAUAUUGGUGAUAUUAAAGAACCACUAUAUCAAGAUUCGAUACCAAAAAGUAUAACCCGAAUUGAUGUAUUCCGAGGAUACAAACACUCACUAAAGAAUAUUAUACCAGAUUCAGUAACAUAUUUAUAUCUCGAAGAAUUCAAACAUCUAGAUCAAAUAGUAUAUUCACUACCUAAAAAUUUAAAAAUCUUAAAUUGCAGCAAUACAUUGUUAUCUUACCCUCAUAUUUUAAAAUAUAAAGACAUUUUAGAUAGAUAUAGGGUAUUCAUUUAA